AUGAACGGACCGGAGGGAUCUCCGGUGAAGCUGAGGCAGAUCAUCAUUGAUGAAGAUGAGACCUCGACAACAUCUGAUUCUCCAAUUAAAUACGGUCCUCAUCUGGUAAGUUUUAUUUAAUUGAGCGGUGCAGGGAACUGAGCUUGUCAAUUUGUGCAUAUAUCUUUGCAGGAUCACGAUUAUGGCAGCGCAUCUGGCGGUAGAUAUAACUCGGCUCUUGAAUUUUAUGGCGAUGGGAAAAACAACGAAUCGUUCCCUCCCAUUGAGAUACUGGCUUCUGGUGAGUAUUCCCUUUAUUUGCGUCUAAUUUUUAGGCGAUGAAGACCAAGGAUUGUCUCCAGUGAAAGGCGAAGUCAGGCCGCAACUGUCCCAACAAUAUCACAGAUCUUCAGAACAUCAUUCCGCAGCUCCAAAGACAUUCGGUUAUGGUGCAGUAAAUAGACUCGCAGGUUGGUCCGGUGCAAUUUCGGUUAUUCUAACUUUUUUCAGGAAGAACUCAAGUUUUCUUGCAAAAUAGACCACGCACUGCCUACACAAUUCCUCAAAGGUAAGUUAGAAACUAUAUUGAUAGUCUCAAAGCUUUAGAAUCAGACCCGAACAGACAACACCGGUCCUCAGCUAUGCCAAUUCUGCUUCCAGGAUUGUCAGACCUCAUUUGACACCUUCAGAAACUUCAGUUCAGCGUUCAACGCCUAAUGUUCUCCGGCAAUCAACAGUUCGACCUCGUGGAUCUACUGUUGUUCGUCCUCCGCGCCCUCCGAAACCAGUUGUUCAGGCCCCUGUUAGUCCAGAAAGUGGAUUGAUGAAUGUUUUGGACGAAGAAGAAGCUCAAAACCAGAAGUUCUUCAUGCAGCAGUCCAAGAUGGGGACCAAUUUGGCACAAAUGAAGCCGAUCGUUUCGUCGGUUUAUAAUAAUCCGCAUGUUCCAACCAGUAUGUCCAUAUCUCCACAAAAAUCUGUUGAUGGCGAGGGGAUUCAUAAGCCUAGAGGAAGAGGCCGGCCUUCAAAUGCAGUAAGUUACUUGCAACACUUUUGAGAGACUUUUGUCAUUGUAAUUUUCUUGUUUUCAGGAAAAGGCAUUUCUCUUGCAGCAGCAACAACAGCACAAUAAGACUGCCGGUCCGGAUAAGAAUAACCUCCAAACUCUGGCUGAAAUGGCACUUGUUUCACCUUCAAAGCCGCAGGCCCCUCGAAGUCGUAAGUGGCAUAUUUGGUCUUGUUAUUUUUGUGUUUAGCUGUUAAACCGGCGAUACAAACUCCAGUUCAAGAAACAAAGCCUUUGGAGCCUCUUGCUUCUGAGAAUCAGGCUCAGCGUUUAUCAAAGAAGUUGAUCGUCACGCCGAAAAAAGACGAACCAGUAAAGUCGUGCGAGUCUGAUCGAGACGAAGGAGAAGAAGUGGAAGGUGUUGAUUACAUUACGAGAUGUAUUUGCGAAUUAAAACAUAACGAUGAUUACAUGGUGCAAUGUGAUCAAUGCAAAGCUUGGGUCCACAUCGACUGUUUUGGAGGGGAAAAAGCCGUUGAUGUUGACAACAAGUUUUAUUGUCAUAAAUGUGACACUAAACGAGUUAAUCCUUUGAGCAGCGAAGAAGCCAAGCGUCUUCAGCAACAUAAAAUAGCCAAGGCGGAAAAGAACCGGAAGAAGGCAAAGCAGAAUUCUGUUGUAAGCAAUGGUUUUAUAUCAUGAUUAUAUGAUUUGUAGACUUUAUCUGCACCUGAAAGGAAACCACACAAACUCUUGAAGAAGACGUUGGCAAAGGAGAAGGAAAACACGUACUCUCGAAGCGUGAAGAGUGACAUCAGCGAGGGAAGGAUCUCCGAAGGCGAUAUUGGCACUUACGUUCAGCUGAAAUCGAUCGCAGAUCGUCGGUGCCGAAACACCAUCGUGUCCAAGGGAAUCACUGGCCUGAUGUCUAUUGAGAAUGUAAGGAAAGGCGAUCCUUUGAUUGAAUUCAAAGGGAAUUUCUUCUUUGUGGAUGAAGAGAAAGUGGUUGAACGGCUGAAUGACCCUAUCACUUUCUAUCGGAGCGUUGUUUACACGUGAGUGUCGUAAUGUUUAUCAAAAUGUUUUUGCAGGGGAUUGGGUCCAAAUUCGAAGCCGUUAUUUGUUGAUUCAACAAAAUCUGGAACUGCUGCAAGUGUUGCUAGAAGGUCUUGUCGUGCUAACGCCAAACUAUCGCAUUGUGUCAUUGAAGGUCGUUUGGUUCUGUUCUUGGUGGCUGCUGAGGACAUUGACGAAACUUCUGAAGUAAGUCACUAUUGAUCAGCACUGAAUGAUGGUCCCUUUUUUAGAUAACGCUGCCGUUUGAUCACGAAGAGCGUGGAAGUCCGCCAAUUCAUCUUGAUUGCGCAUGUUUAACUGAUCUUGCUUACUCGGUAAGGCUUAUUAUUGAUUCCUAUUAUUUAUUAAGGCUGGUGGGUCGAAAUGUUUGUUGCAAGAUUACAACGACAAAGUGGCUAACGGGGAACUAGUGAAGCCAACGAAGACAAGUCCAGCCAGAAAACGGACAGUCUCUCCCGAAAAGCCGAGCUCUCCCAAGAACGUCCGCCGAUCUCCAGUGAAAUCUCAACCAAAGAGCCCAAGACGUGAGCCUAAGAGUCCUCGAAAUGAGAUUAAGGCGGCAGAGGCUCCAAAGGAAAUCACAUCAGAAAGAAGAAAGAGUGAGAUUGAGAAAUCUGAGGCAUCUACAUCUAAAGAAAAAGUAGAUAUUAAGGAUGAGUAAGUUGAAAAAUUCAAUAUUUAAUUGUUAAUUUAGCAGUGACAAGGAGAGUACACCAAGAAGAUCCAGCAGGAAACGCAUAUCAACGAACGAGCGACUCUCGCCUAAGCUUGAUUCAGCCUCCGAAAAGCCGAAGAAGCGUGGUGAUACUAUAUUUGAUGAGGGGGAAAUCAUUACUGGGCUCUCUGUAAGUAUUUUUUGUGUUUUUUAUAAGUAUCGGUUUGCAGCGUCGAGAACAGCAGAAAAUUCAACGUUUGGAACAAAUGGAUCAUCAAAAUGGCCGCAGGAAAAGGUCUUUGGAACAAGAACCGAAGAGUGCUAAAGUAGCCCGACGAUCUUUGCCUGCGAAGGAAGAAGUUCCCGUAAAGGUUUGUAUUUUGUAUUGGAGUAUAUGGUUAUUUGUAGAAACCCAAAGCUGAGAGUCCUGAGGAAGUGGCGGCCAAUUUGUUGCUUGGUUUAGCUGGUACAGCUGCCAAGAGCGAGACUUCCUUCUCUGCAAAACGUCAAGAAGCCCUAGUUAAAUACUGGAAUCGAUGCCGAAGUCAGCUGGACUCUCUUGGUCCCUUCUCCAACAUUAACUUUUCGGAAAUCCAAAAGGUCGCUGCCUCAAAAAAGUCAGUAAGCUGAGAUCUUACAAUUAAUGUUAAAUCUGUAUUAUAUUUUUGGUACGUCUUAGUUCAUUAUUUUUGCAUUAUUCUGGUCUUUGGAACUUAUAAACGAAGAGUUUGUUCUCUUACUUAAAUUGAUGUCAAAUUCAUUGUGAAAUAUUGUUAGUCCUCCUGUAAUAUUUUUGUCAUCUUGCACACUUCAUUCACUGCUUCUCUUUCUUUUAAGGUCCUCAACUUGUCUCACAAAUUCUGAAUCCUCUAAGCUUCUCAAAACGGGUCUACAGAAGUUAAAGAUGAAUAGCUUCGAGAGGUCUUCGCAGUCACCCAGCACCCCCAAAGCACGUCCCCCCUUAGAUAAAUCCAUUGAAUCUCACCAAGGAUCAUUUGGGCAAGGUUCCGUGAAGCCGUGGCACAUUAAACCCACAACUUUGGCUUUAUCGGAGCGCUCGGAAGAUAUGGCUGGGGUCUAUCCCGGAGAUGGGGCAGGUGGAAUCAAGUCUGAAGACGUAUCGAAGGGAAAGGAAGAACCCUCUUUUAAAGGAGUUGAAGAGACCCCACAGUCUGAUGUGAGCACUAAGAAACCACUCUCACAAGUUGCACAACAGCGUGUGAUCUCAUUCAGCGAGGCUUUCAAGACCGUAAAUGCCCCCGUGAACACUCCUUCGGCUUCAAUGAUUGGAAGGAACGUUGGUAACAGGUCAUUUGGGCAGCCUACGAAUUUGACACUGGAUGUUUUGAUGACCCCUCAGAAUAUGCAAGAACCCCCUCAAUCUGCGCCUCCCGCUUUUACACCGACCGCCAUUUCUAAGAUGAAGUUGAACUCUCUGAAAGAAAGAGUCUUUGGAGAACUUGAGGUAAGUUAGUGUGUGCAUGCGUGUAAGCAGUGGUGCAUUUUAGAAGAAGCAAACACAGAGUCUCACUUCCACACCUUCAUUGAAGCCUCCGAUCAAAUUGGAGAUUCAUAAGCCUCUGGGAAUAUCGAAGGCUGGUUCUCCAUUGGCCGUGAAUCCACGUGUUUUAAAGUGGGAUGAUUCUCCGAAGACAGAAAUAUCGAAGAUCGCUCCCUUACCCGCUAUUUUACCUCCCCUAAAAAGACUCACAGAUCUCGAGAUUUCAGAGAGUCUGAAUCGUCUGCGAUCUCUGCCCGUUUUUGAGAGGAUUGGAGUUCAAUUCUUUAAGAAGAUCGCCGAAGGUAAAGCAUCAUAUAAGGAAGGCGACGCUGAAGGCAAGACUUCUUCGUUUACCGGGCCUUCGCAUCUCUGUAAAUAA